AUGUUGGGCGAGGACUUUUCAAUAUCUAAACUUGCGAUCCCUGCCGUCAGUGUGCUGAUCGCCUUCCUCGCCUACACAUCACAGUACUUCUUUCUGCACUUCGAGCCUGUGCCACUCACAAGGGACGAAACUUGGAAGAUCAAUAUCUUCGCCUUGUGCAUCUGGAUAUGCUAUUACCGAACCUGUUUUGUAGAUCCCGGUCGACUUCCCAAAGCCGAAGAGCGACCGAAACCCAAAGAGCAAGAAGGUGAAGCACUCGCUGGUCGCCAGCGAUGGUGUCGUAGAUGCGAAGCUUACAAACCGCCUCGCGCUCACCACUGCAAGACCUGUAAAAGAUGCAUUCCCAAAAUGGAUCAUCAUUGCCCCUGGACCUCGAACUGCGUCUCACAUUUUACCCUCCCGCAUUUCAUGCGCUUUCUGUUUUAUGCAACUGUUGGAAUGUCCUACCUGGAGAGUCUUCUCUGGCAGCGUGCCUCGUUUGUAUGGAAGAACAGCCAUCUGCCAAGCUAUCUCGGCCCCACAUUGGGGCAGCUCAUCCACUUGUUUAUUCUGCUUGUGGUAAAUAGUCUCACAACCUUCGGUCUCUUUGUCCUCCUACUUAGGAGUCUAUGGGCAAUUGGAUCUAACACGACCACCAUUGAAACUUGGGAAAUCGAGAGACAUGCUACUCUUGUCCGUCGAGCCCGUGUGCUAGGCGGGUAUCUUGAGGGUCCUGGAGGCAUUCGAGUUCACAUAAAAAAGCAGGAAUACCCAUACGACAUUGGGAUUUGGGCCAACAUCAAGCAAAGUAUGGGCGGGAGCGCGAAUUUCAUAAGCUGGUUCUGGCCGCUGGCCGCAACACCUGAUCGUCGGUCUGGCUGGGAAUUCGAGACCAAUGGCUUUGAGGACUCUGGUGUGUCAUGGCCACCCCCGGAUCCAGAUCGGAUCCCGAUGCCGGCUAGUGCAAGGCCACCAAGCAAUAUCAGCAUGCCUACAUACGCAUCUAUUCAGGACGAGAUUGAUGCCUUCAACCGCCGCAAACAGGAAGACAUGAAGCGAUUCCAACAAACCUCAGGUGUACAACGUCGCAAGCCAUUUCAUGAUCGGUACAAAAAAGGCGACCACGCUCAAAGUGAUAGCGAUGAGUCCGAAACUGACUCCGGAGGUUACUCAGACGAGGGUGAAGAGUCCUGGCGAAACGCCGAAGGAGAACGACUACGCGACUUUGGGGUGGAUGAGGAAGCAGAAUUCUAUGACGAGGAAAAUAUUCCUCUUGGUGUUCUCAUUGAGCGACGGAAGCAGCAGAAAUCUGCCAACUAA